GAAAACUAACCCACUAACUCGUCCCUCAAAUCUAAUCGAGCCGACAGUCCUUGUUAUCCGAAUCUCGUGUGUCGCGGUGGUGAGGAAUCCGAAGGCGCUGUGAAGGCGCGUCCGGCGCUACGAUGCCGGGCGCAUAAUGUACCCCAUGGUCCACCAUCCGCAGCAGAGAAACCGACAUCAACAGCAACAGCCAAACGUCCAGACCACACAGUUGUUCACUAUCAGCGCCGACGAGGCGCCCCCAUCCGAAGACACUGUCUCCAUCAAGAGACCUCGACGGCCACUCCACAAGAGGUUCUUUAACUACGUCCGGAAUGCCUGGACCGGCGUCAAAUCGGCACUAGAUUCCGAACUCGAGGACUUGGAAACACCGCCUCGCUACCGACCCGACAGCCUAGAGGCGCUAUGUAAAGCCACCAGGUUCACCCAAGCUGAAAUCAAACGUAUCUAUAGGGGCUUCAAGGCGGAAUGUCCCACGGGAGUCGUCAAGGAGGACACCUUUAAGACUAUCUAUGCACAGUUUUUUCCGCAGGGAGUCAACUCGAGUCAGUACGCUCACUACGUAUUCAAUACCCUGGAUCAGGACCACAGCGGCUUAAUUAGUUUUGAGGAUUUCGUGCAGAAUUUGUCGUUGUUGUCGAGGGGCUCGUUGGAGGAGAAACUCCGUUGGGCCUUCACCCUUUACGACAUCAACGGCGACGGCUGCAUCACCCGGGAAGAAAUGACAGACAUCGUAACGGCCAUCUACGAUUUGAUGGGGAAACUAGCCGAACCCACCAUCGAAGAGGACACAGUCAAGGAAAAGGUCGACAGGAUAUUCGAGAAGAUGGACAGAAACAGGGAUGGCGUGGUGACGCUGGACGAGUUUUUGGAAUGUUGCAAACAAGACAGGGACAUUUCUUCAUCGAUGACGGUCUUUGAUUCGUCCAUGUGACGGUCGCCCGUCGGCGUCCGCCCCCCGUCGCCGCCCAAAUGGACAUGAGACGAGGAGUUAGAGGAUGCCGACGACGGGGACCGAAACCGCGACGACUCCCCCGCAUAAAGAACAAAUCUACAAUCAAACCACAUAAGGUCAAAUCAAACGGCGAUAAAAUCACGGAAAGGUUCGUUAAUACGUUGGACGCCGACACGUUUCGUACAUUUCACGACUGUUUAAGAAAUCGUUUCGAUCGCAAUUGAGAUCUGAUUGGUGUGAUUGAUGUUAGUGGUGAAUGUUGUAGUAAAAUGAUGAGAUUUCUUCGACUGGCGCGACAAUUUACAGACACAUUUCUGUAUCAUAUUUGAUUUAAGACUGCGAAAGCAUCAUGUGUGUAAUCUUAUUAGUUAUGAAGCAAUUUUACGGCGUAUAUUUAGUAUUAAAGCGGAUGUAUGUUUUAAUUACGCGAGAGAGUUUUAGUACUGUCAUAAUUCCGGAGAACGUUGAAAGAUGGAAGUUUUAUAAAAUAAAUUUUUACAACGCUUGCGUCGCUUUUGCUUGGCUCAAUUUUAGUAAUGCUCAUAAAAUUAGUAUCGAACUAAUUAGCUGGAAAAUGCAUAGUUUAAUCAGUCAUUUGGAAAUUCUCGACAGUUCUACGAAGUGUGUUUGCCGAAUGUUGUUGAAAUUAAAUUACCCAGCAUUGGCCCAACUUCUCAUGAGGAAUAUUGUGGCCGAAGUUUACGAAGGUUUAAUUUCAUAGGAACGUUUAACAGAUACAGUAAUUCAAUUUUCAAGGAACAAUGUUCGAGUUAAAUUACUUCUUUUAUUUGAUUUAAUUACUUUCGUAAUGUAUGGAAGAAUUUUAAUUAAUAUUAACAAAAAAAAAUAACUAUGGUCCGACGUUAAUCAUUUCAUUUCAUUAAAU